UUUUUGAGUUGGAAUUUUAGAUAAUGGAAGCCUCACAGAAAAUAGAGCUGAAGCAUCCGCUUGUGUGGAUAGAUCUAGAAAUGACUGGGCUCAUUCUGGAGACCAACCAGAUAAUUGAGAUUGCAGUUAUAGUCACUGAUGCAGAUGACCUUGAUACUAGGUAUGAAGGCCCAAAUAUCGUGAUAGGAUGCCCACAAGAGAUGCUGGAUAAUAUGGAUGAGUGGUGUACAAAGACCCAUGGAGAGUCAGGACUCACACAGAGGGUAAUAGAGUCUAAGGUCACACUUGAGGAAGCUGAAGAACAAGUACUUGAUUUCUUACAGAAUACGUGUAAUAUUAAACCACGUACAGCUCCUCUUGCAGGGAACAGUAUUUCUACUGAUAAGAUGUUCUUGUAUAAGGAUAUGAAGAAGCUCUAUGACUUCCUGCAUUAUAGAAUCCUUGAUGUGAGCAGUUUCAAACAGGCUUGUGCCUGGUGGUAUCCCGAAGAUGCUAUGAAUGUCCCACCUAAGAAGGAAACCCACAGAGCUUUAGACGACAUUGUCGAAAGUAUCGAAGAGAUGAAGUUCUAUAAAUCUUCAAUGUUAAAGUAAAUGUUUGAUGUAAAACUUUACAUAUUUUUAACCAUAAAUUUAAGUUCCUUAGAAAGCGAGUCCUGGAUGUCUAGGGUCUUCACAAAGCAGGUAUUUAAGCAUUCCUCUUCCUUCUUGUUAAUAAACAUAUCAUCGAAAUUAUGGACGCAUUUCUGGACACAUCUCACUGUAGUAGUUGGAAUACUACUAUAAUAAUUCUUGCUCUUGAUCUCGUUGACCAUCAUGCUGACUUCUUGAGAAGUCAUUGCUAUCUUCUGGUCCAUUUGUUCGAAUCCUUUUUGGGCUUGGUUCAUUAUAUAUUCAGAGUCUUCACUUAGACGAAACGGAGAAAUUUUAUAAAUUAUUCAAUAAUCACA